AUGGAUCGCCGCGAGAUUCAGUCCAAGGGCUCUGCUCUCCAAAAGGCCAUUCAAGCAAAAGAACCCACCGAUAAUGUGCUGACCCUCCUGCGCGAUCUCAAAACGAACGUACGGCCCAAUGAAGAACUUCUACGAGCCACACAGAUAGGCAAGAUUGUCAACAAAGUCAAAGGCAUGUCCGGACUUGACCCUCAAAUCACUCAACUAGCCUCCGAAAUUAUUAGUCGAUGGAGACAUGUCGUCAACGAACAGAAGUUGGCCAGUGGAGCCGGGACACCCAACGGUGCAAGAUCCAACGGAACAAGCUCCCCAGCACCCAAGGCUGCCACACCUACCCCCAAAGCUGCAAGCCCCGGGAUAGCGCCUGACAAACGAAGUUGGAAGGUUGACAAAGUGCCCCGAGAUGAACUGACCAAUGAUACUGCACGAAACAACUGCAUAGGCUUGAUCUAUGAUGGUCUAUGCCUUGGGUCUACCCUCCCCAUGAAACAAAUCCUGGAUCUCGCCAAACAAGUCGAAUCUGCCGCCCUUAACCUACCAGAUGCCAAGGGCUCCUCCAGCUCCCCUGUGUACAAGGAGAAGAUGCGAUCUCUAUAUCAGAACCUAAAGAACAAAUCCAAUCCUGGCCUUAAAAAGCGCAUCCUCUCGGGUGAAGUGACACCAGCCAAAUUUGUCACCAUGUCACAUGAAGAAAUGAAAUCGAAACAACAGCGAGACGAGGACAUGAAGAUCGCAAAGGAAAAUAUGAACAAUGCCAUGGUAGCACAGGAAGAGAAGAGUGUUAGUACCAGCUUAGAAUGUGGCAAAUGUCACCAGAAGAAAGUCAGUUAUUCCCAAGCUCAGACUCGAAGUGCUGAUGAACCUAUGACAACGUUCUGCGAGUGUAUGAAUUGUGGCAACCGGUGGAAGUUUUCAUAA